GCAAGCAGAGCUCCUAUUUUUGCUUAUUUGUGCAAAGCUGCCAUAAUCCCCUUCCCAGCUGGGCCAAACUGUCCAAGGGAGAAAAUGCUAAAGACAUCAGGAAGGUCCGCAAUAUACAGUCCUCAAUGGAAGGCAGCACAGAGCUACAUAUGGGCCUGGAUCUAUACUUUGCCUGGACACAGUGCCAAUGAAGUAGCAGCUCUUAUGGACCCUGGACCUUCAUCCAGUCUAGAGCGAAUGUCAAAUGUGUGCAGUCCUGAAACUGAUUGUCCACUGGGGUUCUUCUGUGACCUCCACUUCGAGAUCUGCAGGCCACUUAAGCAAGAAGGAGAAUACUGCCGUCAUGAUACCCAUUGUGCCAGCAAUCUGACUUGUAUGUUUGGAAAAUGCCUCCAGACUGCACCUAAAGGUCAUGAAGGUGCCCGCUGUCAUCACAAUAAAGACUGUUCUCCAGGCUUCUGCUGUGCCCGUAUCCAUGGGGAAAUGGUUUGCAAGAAAAGGCUGAUUUUAGAUGAGAAGUGCCAUGUCCCCCAAGGAGGGAUUGCAUUCAGCAUGAACCAGUUGUGCCCCUGUUUAGAAGGACUUGUAUGCCGACGGAUGCAGCCCAAGAGAGAGAAACCAUUUGAGUAUGAAGUGAAAAAAGAUGACUGGAGAUGCCAAAAAAAAUAGACAACUAUGAAACAGUGUUUUUUAAAUAGCUGUAUUAUUUCCUGUAAAUAGUAUUGUACAUAGAGUUGUCUA